AUGGUGUUCAAAUUCGCCACCUUCGAUCCCUCCCAAGAUCCCAAUGAUUUCAACCCGGCUUUUCCACCUACUCCAUCACCAUCACCCUCGGUAACACUCUGUCAGCCAUGCGAACACACCUACACGUUCACCAAAACCAUCGUCCGCCGACUUGCUGCUGCCGGUGCUUCUCUUGUCUUGAGAGCCCCAGCCUUUGCAGUUGAUGGUCGUGAGAUUCAAGACCAAUCCGCAGAGACGCCAUUACAUAGUAUUCAUUUCGAUGUCCAUCCAGAAUUUGGCCAAAGACAGCUUAAAGAAUUUACUCUGAAGGAGUUGGAGGCAGCUACCCAAAAAUUUAGCGACAAGAAAGUAAUAGGCAGAGGUGGAUUUGGCGAAGUCUAUGAGGGUCAGCUCUCUGAUGGCUCUCUAGUGGCAAUCAAAAGAUGCGGUGCACAAAGCAAUCAAGGUAUCACAGAGUUCGAAAGCGAAAACAUCAAAGUGCAAGGACUUAUUGCUCGUCUACCCUUUGAUGAUCAACAAAAGUGUGGACCUUUGCUUGAGAGCGAAGCCCGAGACACGACCCCCCUGGACUGGCUUACCCGCAGAAAAAUAGCCCUGGGAGCUGCGAGAGGGCUGUCCUGGCUGCAUGAUCUGAACAUUGUGCACCGAGACAUCAAACCUGCAAACAUUUUGUUGGACGAGGAAUUUGAGCCUCACAUUGCAGACUUUGGGUUGGUCAGGUUCACCAAUCGCAGGCACGGUGAAUACUCGGUGGAUGGCAUCGAGGAGGCACCUGUACUUCCGAGGAAUAAAUCCGAAGCAGCAUCCCGCAUUGAAGAUUCAGAUUCCUAUUUCACGAAUAGGAUAUGUGGCACAUUUGGAUAUAUGGCGCCAGAAUAUGGGAUGAAGGGGAAAUACUCGGUGAAGACCGACGUCUUUUCAUAUGGGGUAGUCCUUCUGCAACUCGUGACCGGACAAAGAACUUCGGUACGUGCAGCGAGUGCAAAGGAGAACGACAUGUUGUUACCCGAUUGGGUAAAGGGGCUUCUGGUAGAGCGUCGAUUGGAAAUUCUAGUCGAUCCCAAUCUGCAGGGUGAGUAUGACGAGGAGAUGGAGAAAGUGAUCCAGCUGGCUCUAUUGUGCACCCACACGCUCCCAAGAGGACGACCAUCCAUGGCACAAGUAGUCCGAAUACUCGAAGGCGAUAGCAUCGAGGAGAGAUGGGAGGAGUAUCGUCACUCUGAGGAGUAUCUGGUGGACUCUGAGGACGUCUCUUCGCUAAAUCUCAAAGAGUCUUCCGUGCUCAGUCCCGAAGAGUUAUCCGGACCCAGAUAA